AUGGAGCUAGGGAUCUCCAUGCCCAUUCCGGUCAUUGGUUUGCAGGACGACUCCAGGGUAUUUGUAAAUGGGAACUGCGUCCUCAACGAUGAGAACUUUGUCCUCAUCGGGUCCUUUGUGGCGUUCUUCAUCCCCCUCAUCAUCAUGGUGAUCACGUAUUGCCUCACCGUGCAGGUGCUGCAGCGCCAGGCGACCGUGUUCAUGUGUGGAGAGGUGCCCAAAGGGCGCAGGAGCAGCGUGAACUGCCUCAAGAAGGAAACCAACGCCGAGAACGUUUCCAUGCUUCACAAUCACGAGGGGGCAUCGCACUUGAACUCUCCGGUGAACAAGGAAGCGGUGCUUUUCCGGAAAGGAACUAUGCAGUCCAUCAACAACGAGCGAAGAGCCUCCAAGGUCCUGGGUAUCGUCUUCUUUUUGUUCCUCAUCAUGUGGUGCCCGUUUUUCAUCACCAACAUCAUGUCUGUCCUUUGCAAGGAGGCAUGCGAUAAAGGGCUCCUGAGCGAACUCCUGGACGUGUUCGUUUGGGUCGGGUACGUUUGCUCCGGGAUCAAUCCCCUUGUAUACACACUCUUCAAUAAAACCUAUCGCAGGGCUUUUUCCAAUUAUAUCCGCUGCCAAUACAAGACCAGUAAAAAAUCAGCGGUGCGACAGAAUCAGUGUCUGAAUGUUGCUUCCACAGCAUUAUAUGGGAAAGAUCUGACUUUAACUAGUUACCGAAACGGCAAUGAACUCAACAGCAUGGAACUAGAUGAAGUUGAGGGUCUACAAAUGCAACCAGGGACUUCAGAGCUCUCCAUAAACAGCUGUAAUGUUGUAAGCGAGAGAGUGAGCUGUGUAUAAAGAUGGCUCAUUCCAGGUCUUUUGCUACAGUGUACCUGUAGCCAAAAUAUAUUGUGUAAAAAUGUAAGUGUUGGUCAAAGGACUAUGUAAAUACUGCAUUCUGAACAAAACUUUUUUUAAAAAAGAAAAAAGAGUUGUCUUUCCAGUCCAGUACUUAAAAAUCAUAUAUACUAAUAUACUGCAGUGAAGUUUAAGGUUCUAUAUUUACUGUUAAUACUAGAUCAGAAAUAUUAGUUACUUUGCAUAUGUCAUGGACAAACUGUUUGAAUUCUUCUUCCAGUGCAUGAACAAAAAAUGCUGAAUAUUUAUCUCAGGUGGCAUUUGCUGGAGUCCAGAAUGGCGCGUUAAUAGUUAUAUAUCAAAUACAUGCUAUUAGACUUGGUCAAUAUAACUUUUUUUUUUCCAGUUGACAGUAAAUAUAUACUUUAAAUCCUCACCCCCAU